GAUGCCAUGCUGUCGGCGGGUUGCCGGGGUCUGGUCGUCCUACGGUUGCGGCGCCUCCGCAGGCGGCCGUGGCUCGCGACGUGUUCAGUCCUGCGCGGCCUUGGGCAAGAACCAGUGGAGACAGCCUGGUCACUGUGUUGCGAGUCGUCGCCUAGAGACGCAGGAGAUGGAGAUGGAGAGGGAGAGCGCGAGACCGCACAGGGAAAAGGCCCCAGCGCGCAGUCGCCUCCAUCUCUCCCUCCGCGCGUCCAGCGCUUUGGCACCAGAUGUCUUUCGUCACUGGAAAGCCUCAGGCUGCAUAUGCCGCAAGAGGAGUCACCCCCUCGAGAGCGCGGGGACUCGAGCGGAGACCAGGGCCAUUGCGGUCCCGCACACCUGGGCUCCGGGGGUCCCUUGCUGCCCGCCCUGGGCCAGUCCGCGACCGAGGUAGAAGAGCUUCACGUCUCCUCUUCCUCGUCAGCUGCUAGAGAGAGGCCCUUUCGGGCGGGGGAGCUGAUUUUAGCUGAGACUGCGAAGAGAGAAACACAAUUUAAAAAAUUGUUUAGGUUGAGCAACGCCGGACAGUUAAAUAGUAGCUGGGGCACAGUCCCGUUCAGCGAGAUCGUGGGGAAAUUUCCCGGCCAGAUACUGAGGAGUUCCUCUGGUAAGCACUUCAUGCUGAGGAGGCCGGCAUUGGAAGACUAUGUAUUACUGAUGAAAAGAGGGCCUGCCAUAACAUAUCCGAAGGAUAUGAAUAUGAUACUGUUGAUGAUGAAUAUCCACCCAGGUGAUACUGUUCUGGAAGCUGGCUCGGGCUCUGGUGGAAUGAGCUUAUUUUUAUCCAGAGCAGUUGGAUCACAAGGACGAGUCAUAAGUUUUGAAAUACGAAAAGACCACCAUGAACUGGCUAAGAAAAAUUACAAACACUGGUGUGAUUCAUGGAAAAUGAGUCAUGUAGAACAGUGGCCAGACAAUGUGGAUUUUAUUCAUAAGGAUAUUUCAGGAGCAAAUGAAGACAUAAGAUCUUUAACAUUUGAUGCGGUAGCUUUGGAUAUGUUGAAUCCUCAAGUUGCUUUGCCUGUUAUAUACCCAAAUCUUAAACAGGGUGGUGUAUGUGCUGUAUAUCUAGCAAACAUCACACAGGUUAUUGAACUUUUAGAUGGAAUUCGCAUCUGUGAACUUGCUCUCUCAUGUGAAAAGAUAAGUGAAGUCAUUGUCAGAGAUUGGUUGGUUUGCCUUGCAAAACAGAAAAAUGGAAUUUUAGCUCAAAAAGUAGAACCUAAAAUCAACACAGAUUUACGAUUACAUUCUCAAGAGAAAAUUAGACUUGAAGAUGAGAUGUUUCAAGAGGAUGAUCACGAAGAAUCACAUUCUGAUUUUGCAUAUGGAUCAUUUCCCUAUAUUGCUAGACCUAUACACUGGCAAACUGGUCAUACAGCUUUUCUUGUCAAGUUGAGGAAAUUCAAACUACAGCUUAACUGAGUACCUCAGAUGACAACAACUGAUUUGAAGACGGGAAAGUAUCAAAAUAGAACUUUAUAUUGCAAAUCACUAUUAUAAAUUGG